AGGCGCAAAAUAUCCAUUUAAUUCACAAGCAUAGAUAAGGAGUAUCUAUAUUUUGAAGUGAAACAAAAUUCAAACAGCCUUAACACUUGGUAAUGAUUGUGGGGUGGAUCAAAUCUAAGCCCAAUGAAUUAUCAUAAUAAUCUAGUUUUCCUUCUCAUCACCGCCGUUUUCUUCAUCACUUUGAUGCGUUCAACAACAGAUGCAUCCAGCCGCGACGCUGCGAUUCUACUCCGAGUCAAGACGAGUCAACUCCAAGACCCGCUCGGAAUGCUCCAAGACUGGCUUGAAAGCUCUCCCCACGCGCCAUGCAACUGGACGGGGGUUUCUUGCACCGCCGCCGCUGUAGUUGCCUUGAACCUCCGCAGCGUCGGCAUUUCUGGGGAAUUUCCGGCCGAUUUUUGUCGGAUUUCAACACUCCGGAAUCUCGACCUCUCUGAUAACAGCCUCGGCGGGAAUAUCAGCUCUGAUUCGAUUUCGAUGUGCUCUCAUCUUUUCUCUCUUAAUCUCUCUUCCAAUUACUUCGUCGGCAGCCUGCCUGGUUUCCCGGUGGAGUUUCUCAACUUGUCGGUGUUGGAUUUUUCAAUUAACAACUUCUCCGGUGAAAUUCCGGCGAAUUUUGUUAACUUGAGAAGUCUCCAGUUUCUCUCUCUCGGUUCAAAUCUACUCAACGGGUCAAUCCCCGAGUUUCUGUCCAAUUUAUCCGAGUUAACUCAGUUAGUGAUAGCCUUAAAUCCUUUCAGGCCGAGUCCGCUGCCGGCAAACAUCGGACGCCUGGCGAAGCUCGAGAUCCUGAUGGCAUCAAUGGCGAACCUCGAAGGUGAGAUUCCUGAAUCCAUCGGAAAUCUGAUUUCUAUCAAACUCUUGGACGUCUCGCAAAACAAUUUGGUCGGAGAAAUUCCGAAGACCAUCGGCGGAAUGAAAAAUGCAGAACAAAUCGAGUUGUUCCAGAACCAUCUCUCCGGCGAUAUUCCGGAUUCAUUUUCCGGUCUCACUUCGUUGCUGCGUUUCGACGCGUCGCAGAACAAUCUGACCGGAAAGAUUCCCCAAAGUCUGGCAGCUCUGCAGCUGGAGUCGUUCAAUCUGAAUGACAAUCUCUUAGAAGGUGAAAUUCCGGAAAUUUUAGCUUUAAAUCCGAAAAUUUAUCAGCUGAAGCUAUUUAACAACAAGCUUUCCGGAUCUCUGCCGGAGUUAUUGGGCAUGAAUUCCGAUUUAGGAGAAAUCGACAUUUCCGGCAACAAUUUGGAAGGUCCGCUGCCCCAAAACUUGUGUUACAGAAGGAAUCUUCAUAGUUUAAUAAUAUUUGGGAACAGAAUAUCGGGUACAAUUCCUGAUGCGUACGGUAAAUGCAGCACUCUAUCGUACGUGCGUAUUCAAAACAACGAGCUUUCCGGAGUUGUACCUGAUGCUUUCUGGGCUCUCAAUCUCGAUCACAUCGACUUCACCAACAACAAAUUGGAAGGAACUAUUCCACCAUCAGUUUCAUAUGCAGAAGGCCUGCAGCAGUUAUUGAUAUCCGGCAACAAUUUCUCCGGAAAUUUGCCUGAAGAAAUCUGCCAUUUGAAGGAGUUGAGGAAAAUCGAUUUGAGCGGAAACCACUUCUCCGGUGAGCUGCCUUACUGUAUUAACCAAUUUACAAAAUUGCUGGAGCUCCACAUGCGAGGAAACAUGUUUUCCGGCGAGAUUCCGGGAAAGAUAGCCGCGUGGAGAGAGCUAACGCAGUUGGAUUUGUCGGAUAAUCAUCUCUCCGGCAACAUUCCGGCGGAUCUGGGAACUUUGCCGGUGUUAACCUUGUUGAAUCUUUCCAACAAUAUGCUGUCCGGUGGGAUUCCGGCGGAGUUAACUAAGCUCAAGCUAAACGAAUUCGAUGUCUCGAAUAAUCGGCUCCAAGGAAGAGUGCCAAUUGGUUUAGACACCAAGUAUUUUCUGCAUAGCUUAAUUGGGAAUGCAGAAUUGUGCAGUAUGAAUCUGAAGCAACUUCCAUCUUGUUCAAGAUCGAAGCCCUCGAGUUUGGUGUUGGUGGGGAUUCUCUCAUCUCUUGCAUUCAUACUGGCUGUCUCACUUGUUUGGCUGUUGAUCAAGAAUAGGAAGUUUAUCGGUUUAGGUUGCCGAAAUAAGCAGCCUUGGAAGAUCACAUCGUUCCAAAAGAUCCGGUUCAGUGAGGAGGAGGUGCUGUUCUCAUUGAUCGAUGAGAAUCUUGUUGGGUCGGGGGCAUCAGGCCGGGUGUAUCGUGUGAGGUUGAAGAGCGGGAAGGUGGUUGCUGCUAAGCGGCUUUGGGAGGCGAAGGGGCUGGCAGAAUCUGUGUUCCAGUCGGAGAUGGAAACUUUGGGAAGAAUUAGGCAUGUUAACAUAGUGAGGUUGCUGUUUAGCUUCGUUGGUGACAAGUGCAAGGUGCUUGUGUAUGAUUACAUGGAGAAUGGGAGUUUAGGGGAUGUUUUGCACGGAGAGAAAGGCGGGGCGUUGCUGGACUGGCCGAGGAGGUUUGCCAUUGCGAUUGGGGCAGCUCAGGGGCUCGCCUACUUGCACCACGACUGUGUGCCUCCGAUAGUGCACAGAGAUCUUAAGCCCAACAACAUUCUGUUGGAUGAGGAGUUGAGGCCGAGGGUGGCUGAUUUUGGGCUGGCCAAGAUACUGAACAAGGAAGCAGACGAGGAAGACGGAGCCAUGUCCCGUGUGGCCGGCUCUUAUGGCUACAUUGCACCAGAAUACGGGUACACAAUGAAAGUGACGGAGAAGAGCGAUGUGUAUAGCUUCGGGGUGGUGUUGCUGGAACUAGUAAGCGGGAGGAGGCCCAACCAGGAGAACAAGAACAUCGUGAAGUGGGUAAGGGAGGUUGCAUCAUCAUCGCCAUCUGCACAAGUAAUAGACUCGAGGAUGGAGGCAUCCACAGUUGAAUAUGAGCAAGUGGAGAAGCUGUUGAAUGUGGCUCUCUUAUGUACCGAUGAGUUGCCCAUCAAUAGGCCCUCCAUGAGAAGGGUUGUUGAACUGCUCAAGGAUCAUACCACUUAGCCAUCUAACCAACUCUAUUGUAUUGCUCAUUUCUGUACUCCACUUGGGGCAGAACCAGAAAUGUAAAAAAUUUGAAUUUUCAUAAGUCUUUGGAUUUGUAAAACUAAAAUCCAUAGAUGUUGUAUCAAACUCAUAUACAUAUUUCACUGCUCUGUAUAAGUGCUUAUUGCAGUGUUAAUCGGCCAAAUGUUUACAACUUUGAAAA